AUGUCAUUUUUAGAUUAUACCAUUCGUGUAGUUGUAGGCAUAGAGUUUGGGGUUAAAUAUUCAUCUUUCGCUUAUGCACAUUUAUGUUCUUUGAAUGAUAUAGUCGUAAAUGAUUAUUGGCCAGAAUGUAUAGGUUGUGUGAAAAUCCCAACAGUUCUAAAGUAUGAUGAAUCAUCUAACUUGAUGAGUUGGGGACAUUCCGCGCUAUCUCAAUCUCAACGAUCAUACAGGAAAAAGACAAGUUUUGAUAUAAAAUCUGUAAAACUUGUAGAAAAUUUUUUACUGUAUUUGAGUAAAAUGGAAAAUAAACCCUAUUUACCGGAAGGUUUGGAUUAUAAAACCGCCAUAACUGAUUAUCUUAGAGAAAUGAGUAAUUUCGUUAAGGAUACUUUACGCACACGUUGGUCAGACAUUGACUUUUAUAAAAAUGUUUUAAUUAUAUUACAGGUUCCAGUUGAAUGCGACAAUAAAGCUAAGGCAAUUAUGCGUGAGUGUGCGUAUAAUGCGGGUCUGAUAAGCUACAAAGAUAGCUCGAAUCUAUAUUUUAUAACUAAGCAUGAGGCUGCUUCUAUUUAUUGUAAUAUGAAAGUGUUAAGAGAAUUUAAUAUUAGUGUUGGCUCAUCAUUUAUGAUUGUUGAUACUAGCGCCGACGCAAUAGAUAUAAUAAUACGAACACUUUUAGAAAAUAAUGAACUUGGUGAUAUUUCCGGAAGGAUAGAAGAUCCCUGUGGUGGAAAUUCUGUUGAUGAAGAAUUUCUUAAUUUUCUUAGUCGUAAAGUUGGACAAUCAGCAAUUAAUUUAUUAAAAGAAAAUCAUUAUGGUCAAUUACAAUAUAUGAUUAAAGAUUUUUGUGAAAAUUGUAAAUUUAAAUUCACAGGUCAAGAUAGAGAUUUUAGCUAUGAAUUGGAUUUUACAGAUAUAUGUCGAGCUAUUAUUCAGUAUGUCAAAGAUCCCGAACGUGAACAGAUGGAAUAUCAAGAAUGGCUUAUUGAUGUGACAUUUGAAGAUAUUAAAGCAAUGUUUGAUCCAGUGAUAGAAAGAAUUUUACGAUUAAUUAAUACACAAUUGAAUGCAGUAAGCAGUUGCAAAGCUAUACUUCUUAUUGGUGGUUUUAGUCAAUCAAUGUAUUUACAGAAAAGAAUUAAAGAAGAAUUUAGUCAAAAAGUAACUAAUAUAAUUAUUCCUGCAAGUCCAUCGAUGAUAAAUGUUAGAGGAGCCGUACAAUAUGGUUUAAUGCUACCGGAAAUGUUAAACAAGUCAACCAAACUAUCUAUUACCCUACGUGUUUUUGAAAAGACAUAUGGAAUUAAAACUACCCGCAAGUGGAAUCCUGGUGAUCCAAUGGAACGUAAACUUCCGGAUGGAAUGAUUAAUAUUUUUUUAAGAAUAGCCAAACAAGGGGAUGAGAUUCCUGUUAAUACAGGAAUUUCUAUGAUCUUUAGCUCAAGUUUCUUAUCACGAAAUAGUUUAGAUCUAUUUGUUACAAAUGAACAUGAUGUGAAAUAUUGUGAUUCUCCUGGAGUAAGUAAAAUCGGUAUAUUGGAUAUUAGUACACUUAGUAUACUUAGUAAUAGUGCUAUUUCUGUUACUUUAUUUUUUGAUAAUAUGAAAAUUAAGGCUAUUGUUCAAGAUGUUAAUGUUAGAACUGGUUGGAAAUAUGAAAAAGUAUUUGAUAAUAUUUAUUGAAUUUUUAUUUAUUUAUU